AUGGAAAGAACACGAGUUGCUGGGAGGAAACGUACGAGACCAACGCCUGCUUUGCGAUGCCACGUCGUAGACGACCACUGCGAUGCGUUGAGCAAAAUACACGGGGCUAUCCGAAACGGCGCGUUGCCCUUCACGGGCCUUUCGGCUGUCCAUUUCGAUGCCCACCCGGACUUGAUGGUGACACCCGACAUGCCCGCAGAAACUUGCUUCCGGCCACACGAACUCUACGACACCCUGGCCCGGACAGAGGGAGGUAUCGCAGAGUGGAUCCUACCGAUGGUAUACCAGGGUCAUCUUUCCACGCUGUGGUGGGUGAGACCGCGUUGGGCCCGGCAGUUCACUGACGGGGAUCAUCGUUUUUGCGUCGGCCAGGUGAAGACCACAGGGAAACUUCGAGUAUCCUCGACAGCACCCUAUUUCGUCGACGACAGACUCUACUGCCGCGAGGAGGACAUGAAGGAAUGCAAACCCCUGCAUCUGUGCGUCAGUCUCGUCCCCGACAACUUGCGGUCUCCAGCGGAGUGUGUCUCUGGAGCCGAGCUGCAGGUGGACUCGGUUCGCCCGCAGAGCCGCGUGGCCGCCCAAGCAGAUGCCAGCGAUGAAGGGAAGUCGCCAACCGUGGCGCAUGGAAACGGUGAUGGGACGGAGGAAACGGAGGCUAAAGACCGACCCACAUCACCGACUCCACUUUCGACACGUGCCCUGCAGGACUACUUCACCACCGAGAACCCCUUCAUUUUGGAGCUUGAGGACCACAUCGGAAAGAGGGACGCGGCCGUGGUUCGUGAUUUUUUCGAGAAGCCUCGAUUCCGCGGGGCCGCCACGCCGCUCCCGCACGAGACGCAGCUGGAACACGAGCGCAUCUUCAAGACGGAGGUCGACCGACUCCUUGGAGCCGCCAGAGAGGAUAGUGCCAACGGGGCCGAACAACCUUCUGCGGACACGAAGGGAGAAGCCGAACGCGCGAUCGCCGCGGGUUGUCCAGCAUCGAAGGACCUUGUGGAGGGGUCUCCCGGUGCUGCUCGGAGUAGACGAUUUCCUGGAGAGGUGGUAGUUGACGGCUCGACGCCUGUUUCUGAGGAAGUCGACACGAGGGAGGAGGCGGACGGUGGUGGAGGUGGCAGUGGCGCGAGCGAAGAGAUUCGCGGAUUGCGGCGGCUGACGGAGCUGUUCGAUCCGGACGGCGAAGAUCGCCUGCUCGCCGGGAAGUUCGCCUCCGUCGUUGGCCGUAUCGGGCGGGAAGGACGGCAAAAAGUCGCGUGGGCGGACCACUGCGCGUGCUUGCCGCGGCACUUGGCGACCCGGGAAGAAGUGAAAAGUUCGGUACAGUCGGUGGAAGCGUUCCUGCGGUCGUUGCUCGAGGGCGGCACUGCCGCAACCAACAGCAGCAGCAGCAGCAGCAGCGCGAAUUGGAGCAGGAGGCCGGGCGUCAUCACGGUGGCGCGCUCGGAGGAAGACGGCUAUGUGCCGGCAAACAUGGUCGCGUUUGUCGAGCAGGAGGUCCUGGCGAUGCUUUUUCGCCUGUAUGGUGGGGAUGGGGCGGAGGGAGUAGCCGGGUGUGGUGGCGGGCUGGAAGUGUGCUACGAAGAUGGCUUAGAGGCCACGAAGGGAUGAAUGGUCGGUUCGAGUACACGUUGGUUGUUGAUUUGGGUCUGGGUGGGAGCAGUGUGGGUAAGUGAUCACUUGUCUCUCCUAACUAACUAGGUGUGACGCGCACCUUUCACAGUACACCGUCCCACGGGCAAAUGGCGUUUGGGGGCCGGUGGUUUCCUCGUUUCAUCUCCUUGGAACAACAUCGAUCUUGUUUCAUUCCUCGAAAAUACUGUUUCCC